AGUCUCAACCCACCAACAUCUGCAUAACAGUUACAAGUCUUUUCUGAUCUUUUAAGUUACGCGUUUCGUUGUAGACCAUUAACGUCAGCGUCCAAUCUGGAGACGGAUUGACGUCAUAGCGCUCGCGAGCAGCAGCAUCUGAGAGCGCGAGCCCUGCAUCUCCGCCUCGUGACGUGAUAGAAGAUAAGAUGGCCACCUCCUCCUCCAAUCUGGAAGAAGACGAAAGUCUGAAAGGCUGCGAGGUUUUCGUGCAGAAACACAACAUCCAGCAGAUCCUCAAAGAGUGCAUCGUCAACCUGUGCAUCGCCAAGCCCGAGCGGCCUAUGAAGUUCCUGCGGGAGCACUUCGAGAAGCUGGAGAAGGAAGAAUGCAAGCAGAUCAUGGCCCGUCAGAAGUCCAACUCGCAAUCGGACUCUCACGAUGAUGAAGUGUCUCCUCCUCCUCCAAACCCGGUGGUGAAGGCCCGGCGCCGGAGAGGUGGGGUCAGCGCCGAGGUCUACACAGAGGAGGAUGCCGUCAGCUAUGUCAGAAAGGUCAUUCCAAAGGACUACAAGACAAUGACCGCCCUGGCCAAAGCCAUCUCUAAGAACGUGCUGUUUGCCCAUCUGGAUGACAACGAGAGAAGUGACAUAUUUGAUGCCAUGUUCCCGGUCACACACAUCGCUGGGGAGACAGUAAUCCAGCAAGGUGAUGAAGGAGACAACUUUUAUGUGAUUGAUCAAGGAGAAGUUGACAGAAUCCACUUCCCACGUUUUGUUUUAAAGAGAAGAUAA